AUGCUUCUCCGCGUCGUACUUCUUCGCGCGGAGUUUCGUGCCGUCCUUGUCGUACUCCACGCCGUGCGCGCGCGGGAUCGCGAAGCUCGAGGGGUCCGGGACGAUCCUCGACGGCGGCGCGGCGACGGUGCCGACGACGCGCGUCUCGUACGCGAGCAGCUUCCGCCAGUCGAGUCGCGUUUUAACCCGUCCGCGUCGGGCGGCGGCGGCGACUUGUUCGCCUUGGCCACGUCGCGGCGGUGCUCCCACGCCCAUCUCGAGCCGUUCGUGAUGACGUUCGCGACAUCUCGCUCCUCUUUCGCCCACUUCUCGUCCUCCGCGGAUCCGAGCUCGAAGUCGUCCCACGCGCUGUCGUUCGUCGCCGUCGCGUCGUCGGCGUCGGCGGCGCCCGCGGCGGCGGCGGCGUCCGCGCCCGCGGCGGCCUUGGCUUUCGCGGGCGACUUCCGGCUCGCGUCGUCGCCGUCCGUCGCGUUCGCGCCCCUCGGUUUCCCGCCCUUCACCUUCCCUUUAGAUAAGUUCUGCUUGCACAAGACGCACUCGCACGCCUUGUGGUGCCGCGUCAGAAACUCGAGCGGGGACGGAAUGCACACGCGAAUUUUCCUCGCCCCCGCGGGCACGCCCGGCGCGCGCGGCAUCGGUCGGUUCGCCGCGGGCGGCUUGAGCGCCACGCGCCAGUUCGACACCGGUAUCAGCGGCGGGAGCUUCGCGGGGAGUUUCUUCUGCUCGCCCGGGGAUUUCGACGGGGAUUUCGCGCUCUCGCCCCCCGGGAUUGGGGAUCUCUUCGGCGUGCUCUUAUUCGGCGUGCUCUUCGAGGACCCUCCUUCCGCCGGCGAGCGCGAAGGGAGCGACGGCCGUCGCUUCUUCAGCGUCGGCGGCGCGUCCGCGGCGUCCGACUCGGACUCGGACUCGGACUCGAAGUCGGACUCGUCCGCGUACGCGCCGGGUUUCUUCCUCGCGCGCUUCGCGGACGUCUCGCGCGCGGACGCCGCGGCGUGCGCGAUCGGCCGCCCGCGCUUCGUCGCGUUCCCGCCAUCUUUUUUACUCGUCGGCGUCGUCGAUCGCGCGAUGGCGACGUCCGCGGCCCCCGGCUUCCGCUUCGUCCCUUUGCCCGUCGUCGUCUUCGACGUCUUCUUCUUCGCGACCGGAUCGUCCUUCGCGCGCUUCAUCGCCUCCUCGAGAAGCGGCGGGAGCUCGUGCUCCUCGUACUCCUCCUCGUCGCCGUCGUCGUACGUCGCGUGCAUCCACGUGACGGUCCGCGACGGAUCGCGCUCGUCCGCGACGUCCUCGCGCGAGUCGAUCGUGCCGAAGCACCAUCCCGCGCCGUCGAAGUGCUUGCAUAUGCGCUCGCCGUGGUAUAAGUCGAACCUUGUGGGGCCGUUCAGCGACGGCACGGGGUCGGCGGGCGUCAUCGCGCCGGCCGCGCGCGCCGGAUCUCUGCCGCGCGCCGGGCGAUCGAUCGGAUCGCGAUUCGAGUGUGCCCAGCUCGACGUCAACUUUCUGUUUCAAGUGUACGUUGAUGAGGCGCGAUUUCGCGCGCGCCGCGCCAUCGCGACGCGCGCCUCGGCGUGGGCACACGUCGCAUGA